CAYUCUUGACUCUUCAGAGUAUGUCCGUCCUCCGAUCGUUGCGCUCGCCGUUUAAGUCGUAUUCCCAUCCAUGCAGUCGUGAUUUUCGCCUGGAAAACGUGGAAAAUCAAAAGUGUGGUCUUUUAAAAUAUCGUGAAUUCGUGAGAAGGAAAAGUCGGAACGUUUAUACCCUCAUCGCCGGAACAACAUGUGAAACAUAGUCCGAUAUAGAUACGAUUUACAUCCACUGCAGCUGCCACUGUUCCCCAAACAAGAUGAUGUUAUCCAGGCAGGCGACGACGCGUUCAGCGCCAUCCGCCAGCCGUACUCCCACUGUCGACGCACCGGAACCAUCAUUACGUUGUUUACCGAGACAGAGAUAUGCCAGUAGUUCUAUCGACUUAACAUCUUUUCAGGACUCCACCCACGGGCAUGACUUCAAUCAAGGUCAUAGUCGAGUAGUCAUGACCAGAAAAACGGAACGGAGGAUAUUUGUCGCCCCUUCAAAAUUGGGACAGAAACCCAAGUUUGAAACCCUAACCAAAGAAACCGUSCAGACGUUUCGAGGUAACAAAACAGAAAGAAAAGUGACUUCUGAAACGAAAAACAUAGAAGAAACCAUUGAUAAAAAAUUGGGUGCGUAUAAGAAAUAUAAUUGGUAUAUGAGCACUAUGACCAGUAUUGAAAUGGUUAAUGGUAUUUACUUAUUUCUUGAAAAAUGUACAGCAAUAAAAUCACAGAAAAAAAUUAUUAUUGACAACAAGACAUUUAUACAAGAAUGUUUAGAUGCACACAAUCAAUACCGAAAAAAACACAUGGUUCCUCCUUUGAUCCUGAGUAAGAAACUUUGUAAAUAUGCAGAAGAAUGGGCGAAUUAUUUGAGCGUCAAAGGUCUAUUAGAGCACAGACCAUCGUCGUCGUAUGGUGAGAACUUGUUUUGCUCUUGGACGUCGCUGCCCAACCACAGGAUCGAAGGGAGGGAACCAGUGGACAGUUGGUACGAAGAAAUCAAAUUUCACCCUUUCGGCCGCGAACCCACUACCCUGAAAUCAGGUCAUUUUUCACAAGUAGUUUGGGCGACCAGCAAAGAAAUGGGAGUCGGCGUAGCGUCCAACCGUUCGGGGCAAAUAUUCGUGGUCGCCUGUUACGAUCCUGCUGGAAAUUUUCUCGGCCAGUUUAGAGAAAACGUUCCACCUGUCGGUGGUUUUAAAGACGCGCCGCACAGUCCUAAUCUUGUACAGCUCUCGUACACGGACGAACAGUUGUAUGAAGACAGUUUAAAGCUCCAUAAUGACUACCGUCUGAAACAUGGUUCCGGGCCACUGACUUUGAACAAAAUGUUGUGUCGCAACGCGCUGACCUGGGCAAAAACAUUGGCCAAAGAUGACAAAUUCAUCCAUCAGCCAGAUAAUCCUUUUGGUGAGAACUUGUUCAGCAUUUGGUCAUCGAAUCAGGUGACGGCCAGAGACGCGAUAUGCAACUGGUACAAAGCGGGGAAAGAUUACGAUUACUCGAGAGAGCCUAGAAUUAUAAAAUCAGGACAAUUCACUCAACUCGUGUGGAAAGGCUCACACUCCAUGGGCAUAGCGAUGGUGAAAGGCAAGUCUGGAAGAAUUGUGAUCGUCGCAAAUUAUGAUCCGCCCGGCAACAUAAUGGGACAGUUUAUGGAUAACGUUCUUAAGCCUAAUUAGAUCAUAUACGUUAUCUAUACACAUCAGUCAUAAACUUACAUUCCUUUUUUUAUUUAAGUAUCUAUUUCCAUUAUUUUGUUG